CCAUCACGGCGGUGGCUGGAGAACAGGAGUUGCAGGAAUAAUCUAUUGCCUGGUUGAUGAUCAAGUCAUGCAGAUACACAGUAUAUUAUCCGAAUGCCCUACACUCUGGCGAUCGAUCCCCUGUAUUCAGCCUGAGCUGAGGCUGGAUAUCGUGCUUUCUUGUGGUCAGUCCUUCCGAUGGCAGGAGAAGAGUCCCGGACACUGGACGGGAGUCUUGGCAGGCCGUGUGUGGACUUUGACCCAGACCCAGGAUCACAUCUGGUACCGGACGUAUUGCAAAGACGCAGAUAAUGUCCCCCAAGUGCCAAUGGGCCACAGAAAGAGGAAAGGCCCGUCUGCAAGGCCGGUCGGUGUUAAAAUGAAAAAGAAGAAUAUUGCAAAAAGUAGACUUAAAAGUGACGAGGGGGAUGUCCACGAAACUGAGAAGGUGUUUCCUGAAGAGAAGAAAGAGCUAAUGCAGUGUGCGCGGCAGAUAAACGGUACCACACUUGAACUAUUGAAAGGGGAGUCAGGAACGGCAGACCAAGAGGAGUCCAUGAUCUUGAGCGACUAUUUUCAGUUGCAUGUGCGGCUGUCCGACCUAUACCCUCACUGGAUGCACGUUGACAAACACUUUGAGCGAGUGGUGAAGGAUUUCCCUGGUAUCCGCAUCCUACGUCAAGAUCCCACUGAGUGCCUCUUCUCUUUCAUCUGUAGCUCCAACAACCACAUCUCACGCAUCGCUGGAAUGGUGGAGCGUCUGUGCCAGACAUACGGCGAGAGGCUAUGCCAGCUGGAUUCCUGCACCUACUACUCCUUCCCCACACUGCAGGCACUGGCAGGAAAUGAUGUGGAAAAGCGGUUGCGAGAACUGGGAUUUGGAUACAGAGCAAAGUUCAUCAGCCAGACCGCCAAGAUGAUACUGGAGAAGCAUGGUCCUACUUGGCUGGAUUCCCUUCGGGAGACACCAUAUGAGGAAGCAAAGCGUGCCCUGUGCACGCUAUCUGGCGUGGGGGCAAAGGUGGCUGACUGCGUUUGUUUGAUGUCUCUGGAUAAGACAGGUGUGAUCCCAGUGGACACACACGUCUGGCAGAUCACAAAGCGAGAUUACCUCUCCCACCUGGGGGCAGGUCAGAAGAGUCUCACUGACAAAGUGUAUCGAGAAAUCGGUGAUUUUUAUCGCAGACUCUGGGGUCCUUUUGCUGGUUGGGCACACUCUGUUCUGUUUUCAGCAGACUUGAAGAAGUUCCAAGCGUACAAGUCCAAGCAAGAGCAGCAGCAGGGCAAUAAACCCAAGAGAUGACAGCAGAGCCUACUAUUUGCCUAACAUAACAUAGAGAAUAAUGUUUUUAUACUCCACAAUGAUUAUAUUCUUGUGACUUAUUCCAUUUAUCUUUCGAUAGCUGUGAACAACGUUCGGCAUGACUUGGAUAGACACAAAAUGCUGGAGCAACUCAGCGGGUUAGGCAGCAUCUCUGGAGAAAAUGAUUAGGUGACCUCUUGGGUUGGAUCCCUUCCUCCUAAGCAUGACUUGGUUGGUUACACAUUCUCAUUUACGUCGGGGUCUGAAGAAGGAUCUCGAUCUGAAACGUUGCCUAUCCGUGUUCUCCAGGGAUGCUGCCUGACCCACUGAGUUACUCCAGCACUUUGUGUCCUUUUGUGUCAGGAGUUUCAAGUUUCACUCCAGAAAUAUUAGGACAAAAUUCUAAUCUGAUAUUCCAGCCAAAUAGUACAUGCCAGAUUUUUUAAUCUUUCAGAUAAAACACAUAACCAAGGCACCAUCUGCCCUGACAGGGGCAUAACAUAUUUUGAGGAAGGACAGGGCUGUUAUUGCCCAUGUCCUGGCCAAUAUUUAUCCUCGUGCAUCAGCACUAAAACUGAACCCCAUAAUUAAAUUAUCUGGAUCACAUCUAAUUAAUGUUUGUAGUUUUGUUUCCUUUAAUAUCGCUAAUACAAUAGUGAUCACAAUUUUAGAAGUACAUCAUCAGCUGUAAAAUACCCAGUGUAAAAUAUCAAGCACUCCAACCGGUCCAUGUUCUGCAGGAGAUUCCACAAGCAUCAAUGUGAUCUUGGACAAUCUGCUUUAUCGUUGUUGACAGUGGGAUAAUUAUUUGUCAGGACGUCAAUGAUAACUCCUGUAAAAUAGAGUGGGAAGAUCCCUUGCACCUACCUACCUGUGACAAUAGACGUUGCCUUGGUUUAAUGUCUAAUGUGAGAUGUAGCAUCUCUGUCAGUGCAACGCUCUCUCUGUUGUGCUCCUGAUUGUAAACCUAGAUUUUGUGCUGUUGUCACUUUAAUGAGAUUCCAUAUAAUUAUUUGUAACUGUGGAAUCAAAUUGUCUUUGAAUAGGAAGUUUGUGGGGAAAAUAUAUAUUUGACGAUGAAUUCGAUUCAUGUGUAUUAGAUGCAUAAUAAUGAUUUUAUUAAGACAUUUCUCUGAAAACUCUUUGAUAUG